GCUUAAGAUGGCAGCGGAGUCAGGGGAACUGAUCGGGGCAUGCGAGUUCAUGAAAGAUCGGUUAUAUUUUGCUACUCUAAGGAAUAGACCAAAAAGCACAGUACAUACCCACUAUUUCUCCAUCGAUGAGGAGCUGGUGUAUGAAAAUUUCUAUGCAGAUUUUGGACCUCUGAACUUGGCAAUGAUGUACAGAUACUGCUGUAAACUAAACAAGAAACUAAAAUCAUACAGUUUAUCAAGAAAGAAAAUUGUGCAUUAUACCUGUUUUGACCAACGGAAAAGAGCAAACGCAGCAUUUUUGAUAGGUGCUUAUGCUGUAAUCUAUUUAAAGAAGACACCCGAAGAAGCCUACAGAGCGCUCCUCUCUGGCUCAAACCCCCCUUAUCUUCCAUUCAGGGAUGCUUCAUUUGGAAAUUGCACUUACAAUCUCACCAUCCUCGACUGUUUACAAGGAAUCAGAAAGGGAUUACAACAUGGAUUUUUUGACUUUGAGACCUUUGAUGUGGAUGAAUAUGAACAUUAUGAGCGAGUUGAAAAUGGUGACUUCAACUGGAUUGUUCCAGGAAAAUUUUUAGCAUUUAGUGGACCACAUCCUAAAAGCAAAAUUGAAAAUGGUUACCCUCUCCACGCCCCCGAAGCCUACUUUCCUUAUUUCAAAAAGCAUAAUGUGACUGCGAUCGUGAGACUGAACAAAAAGAUUUAUGAGGCGAAGCGCUUCACAGACGCUGGCUUUGAGCACUAUGACCUCUUCUUCAUAGAUGGCAGCACCCCCAGCGACAACAUCGUCCGGAGGUUCCUGAAUAUCUGCGAGAACACCGAAGGGGCAAUUGCGGUUCACUGCAAAGCUGGUCUUGGAAGAACAGGAACGUUGAUAGCCUGUUAUGUAAUGAAGCACUACAGGUUUACACACGCUGAAAUCAUUGCUUGGAUCAGGAUUUGCCGGCCAGGCUCCAUCAUCGGACCCCAGCAGCACUUUCUGGAAGAAAAACAGGCAUCGUUGUGGGUCCAAGGUGACAUUUUCCGAUCCAAACUUAAAAACAGACCAUUCAGUGAAGGAAGCAUUAAUAAGAUUCUUUCUAGCUUGGAUGAUAUGUCUAUUGGAGGAGAUGUAUCUAAAAUCCAAAACAUGGAAAGGUUUGGAGAGAAUAAUUUAGAAGAGGAUGACGAUGUGGAAAUGAAAAAUAAUAUUACCCAGGGAGACAAACUACGUGCCUUAAAAAGCCAGAGACAGCCUCGCUCCUCACCAUCCUGUGCAUUUAGGUCAGAUGAUAUGAAAGGACACCCAAGAGCAGUGUUCCAGCCUUUCAGAUCAAGUUCUUCCCCACAAGGACCUGUGUCUACUUUGAAGACUGCAAAAGUGGCUUUGUCCCCUUCGGCGACAGCCAAGAGGAUAAACAGAGGUUCAUUGUCUUCAGGAACCGGAGUAAGAAGCUUUUCCAUAAACUCCCGGCUAGCCAGUUCUCUGGGGAACCUGAAUGCUGCAACAGAUGAUCCCGAGAAUAAGAUGUCCUCACCCUGCAAGACAACUUUUACAGCCAACCCAUUCACCAACCUCUUGAAUGGCAGCUCUCAGCCACCGGCCAGGAACUACCCUGAACUCAACAACAAUCAGUACAACCGGAGCAGCAACAGUUGCAGCGGGGGCAACCUGAACAGCCAGCCUGGUCCCCACGGAGCCAAGACUGAGCACGUCUCUGUCAUCCGGCCCUCAUACACUGGGCUUUCUUCCUCUUCAGCAAGAUUCCUGAGCCGGUCCAUCCCUUCCCUUCAGUCUGAAUAUGUUCAUUACUAAGGCCUUGCCACUCCGGUGAACGCUGUUUCAUUCUCAGACAUCUGGAUGCACACUGUGGAGGAAAGCACCUGCUUGCUGGAGGGAUAUCUGCCUUCUUACCUUAAAUUAGAGAGAGCACUAAAAGAACACUUUGAAGAGACUUGAAACCAGAAAACUGGUUAAUGACUACUAUAAGUGCACUGAAACUACGUUUAUGGAGAUUUCAACACUUUUAAAGACAAUUUUAAUGUUAAAUUUGGUAUUUUGAAAGGUUAUUUUUAGUGUAUUUCAGUAAUAUAUUUGUUAUUGCAUUUACAUGGACAGUGUUACAUUAUGUAUGUACGGUGAACUUUUAAAGACUAUUUUGAUAAAUUUAUAAAUAAUAUAAAAUGAUGUAAAAACUAGACUAUAUUUUGAUUUAGGCUUUCCUGCUGUUUGCUACCAAAAAUUUGUAUUUUAAAUAUGUUUAGUUUUAGUAUGGUUUUGUCUACAAUGAAUAAAUAAUUCCUCCUUAUUUAAAAAAGGGAGAAAGUUUUUUUUAAAAAAGUGAUUUUCCUGCUCCUGCUGUGAAUACAGCACAUCAGUGCAUUCUUUGGAGAACAUCUAACUUAAAGAGUUCAUCCAAGUUUCUAUUCACCACAAGUAGAAGAGGAUGCCUUUGACAUGGCAAAAUCCUUCCCUUUGCUUUUGUUCUUGAGCCAUUUAAACGAGCUUUGCAUCCUUGGAGGCAUAAAAAAUUUAGUAACCAGAUGCCGAUCAGAUUUCACUGGAUAUUUCUCCUGAGAGUGUUUUUUUCUCUGUGAAAUGAUGAAACAGUCCAAAUGUUUGUAUUUCUUUCCUCCUUUCAAAAAGCAUUUUUUAAAAAAACAUGCCUUAAACAAUUUAAUUUGCUUAUUUUUACUCUUGUACUUGUGCAAAGGAGAGUUGCAUCCUUUAAAAUCCAGGUCUAAAGUCUCCAAGGGCUCUAUCACUAAACGUACAAUAACAGUUUCAAUGACCAAAAAGCACUUCAGAAGACUUACUAGUUCAAUUUGAAUGUUCUGUUUUUGGUACGAAGUGGUUGUCAUCACUCGUUUUAACUCAAUGAAGAAAAAACUGGAAAACGUGCUGCUAAGUAGUUCUCUAAAUGAAGAAGUUACAGUAUUUUUGAACAUAUUACACUCCACCCCAAUACACAUGCUGGUUUAUCUGGAACCUAAUAGGAAGGUGAAAGGACCCCAUCAAGUGUACUCAUGCCCCUUGCAUGUAAGCAUAAUUUACAUCUGGGCUUCAUUUCUGUGAGGAAGAGUCAGGCAGCUUUAGUUCUUCUCUGCCAGGUUGCAUAAGAAUGAACUCCUCUGACACUGCAAAUGCUAGUUAAGUGGAUUCAUGUGAAGUGCAUGACUCCCCAACCAUUGAGCUAUUUAUAAUGUAUUUAUUCGGAAGGGUACCUUGAAACUAUUAUAUAUGCUUCAGCAAGACUUCUUGUUCAUGUUUCACAUUUUUAAAAAGGCAUUUGAAUGAAUGUUUGACUCAGGUUUGUUAACAUCACCUUUAAUAACUGCAGUACCAAAUAAUUACACUCAAAAUGGAAAAAAAAUGAAUAGAAUGUUUUAGGAAUCGAGGAUUAAAAUAAGUGGGAUUAAAUUGUGUAUCUUUUCUAAAGCAGAAAAGUAAAAUAUUUUAUUAUGUGUUAUUGUGAAAAGAUUAAUGAAUUGUAUAGAAAGAUGAUAGUAUUUUUUCAAAUUAUCAUUGCAAAGUAAUUCAGAUGACAUUUGAGAAGUAGGACAAAGGGAACCAUACUGAUGUUUUUAGUUCUAUGAACACUAAUUUGUGUGCAGCUAUUAAAUAA